AUGGGCGUGCGCGCGCGAGCGGGAGCGGGGCUGACCCGCGGACGCGGCCCACCUGCUGCGGGCGCCGGGGCCGCGGGCGGAGGCGGGGGCGGCUCGCGGGCUGGAGCUGCACUAGCGGCCGGCCUCCGCCGCGCGCCCCCAGACAUGGUCAGAGGGUCGGGAGGCGCCCCCACCCGCGCCGGUCGCUAGUCCGGGGCCGCGUCCCUCGCCGCCAGCGAGCCAUGGCUCUAAAAGGACAAGAAGAUUACAUUUAUCUUUUCAAGGAUUCUUCGCAUCCAGUGGAUUUUCUGGAUGCAUUCAGAACAUUUUACGUGGACGGAUUGUUUACCGAUAUUACCCUUCAGUGUCCUUCAGGCAUAAUCUUCCAUUGCCACCGGGCUGUCUUAGCUGCCUGCAGCAAUUAUUUUAAGGCCAUGUUCACAGCUGACAUGAAAGAAAAAUUUAAAAGUAAAAUCAAACUGUCGGGCAUCCACCAUGAUAUUUUGGAAGGCCUCGUAAAUUAUGCUUAUACUUCCCAAAUUGAAAUAACUAAGAGAAAUGUGCAGAGCCUUCUGGAAGCAGCCGAUCUGCUGCAGUUCCUCUCAGUAAAGAAGGCUUGCGAGCAGUUUUUGGUCAGGCACCUGGAUAUUGAUAACUGUAUCGGGAUGCACUCCUUUGCAGAAUUCCAUGUGUGCUCAGAACUAGAGAAGGAGUCUCGAAGAAUUCUGUGCUCUCGGUUUAAGGAAGUGUGGCAACAAGAAGAAUUUCUGGAAAUCAGCCUUGAAAAGUUUCUCUUUAUCUUGUCCAGAAAGAACCUCAGUGUCUGGAAGGAAGAAGCUAUCCUGGAACCAGUCAUUAAGUGGACUGCUCAUGACGUAGAGAACAGGAUCAAAUGCCUAUACAACCUAUUGAGCUAUAUCAACAUAGAUAUAGACCCGGUGUACUUAAAGACAGCAUUAGGCCUCCAAAGAAGCUCUCUCUUAACAGAAAAUAAGAUCCGUUCCCUGAUAUACAAUGCCUUGAAUCCCAUGCAUAAAGAGAUUUCCCAGAGGUCCACAGCCACCAUGUACAUUAUUGGAGGCUAUUACUGGCAUCCCUUAUCAGAGGUCCACAUAUGGGAUCCUCUGACAAAUGUGUGGAUCCAGGGAGCAGAAAUACCAGAUUAUACCAGGGAGAGUUACGGUGUCACAUGCUUAGGGCCCAACAUCUACGUGACGGGAGGGUACAGGACAGAUAACAUAGACGCUCUUGACACAGUGUGGGUCUAUAACAGCGAAGGUGACGAGUGGACAGAAGGCUUGCCGAUGCUCAACGCCAGGUAUUACCACUGUGCGGUCACCUUGGGGGGCUGUGUCUAUGCGCUGGGCGGUUACAGAAAAGGCGCCCCUGCAGAAGAGGCCGAGUUCUAUGACCCACUGAAAGAGAAGUGGCUUCCCAUCGCAAACAUGAUUAAAGGUGUGGGGAAUGCUACUGCCUGUGUCCUACAUGAAGUUAUCUAUGUCAUCGGCGGCCACUGUGGCUACAGAGGAAGCUGCACGUAUGACAAGGUUCAGAGCUACAACUCAGACAUCAACGAAUGGAGCCUUAUCACUGCUAGCCCACACCCAGAAUAUGGCUUGUGCUCAGUUCCGUUCGAAAACAAGCUCUACUUGGUCGGCGGACAGACCACGAUCACGGAGUGCUAUGACCCGGAGCAGAGCGAGUGGAGAGAGACGGCGCCCAUGAUGGAGAGGAGGAUGGAGUGCGGGGCUGUCAUCAUGAACGGGUGCAUCUAUGUAACAGGAGGGUACUCCUACUCCAAGGGCACGUACCUCCAGAGCAUCGAGAAGUACGACCCAGAACUCAAUAAGUGGGAAAUAGUGGGCAACCUCCCGAGUGCCAUGCGGUCCCACGGAUGCGUUUGUGUGUAUAAUGUCUGAAGGAGUCCACGGGACUCGGGGCAUAGUGAAAAAAAAAACUCAGAGUUUGGGGUACCUUGUUAUCGUGACGUAGCCCGUGCUGGGGCAUUGGAGAAUUUAAUUCUAACUCUGCACUGUCUCCAGACCCAGUGAUUAUGGGAGUAAUGUAAGAAAAACGUUGUGUUUGUAUACAGUUCAAAUAGGAGAGUUAACCCCUCCUAGAGUCUCUGCUUUUAAAGGUAGAUUGGAGUAUUUGACACUUGGUAAAGGCGAAAGGCCUGUGCAGUGAACUUUUCUUCCUGGGUAGUAUCAAAACACUGGGUAUAGGUCAAAACCAUUCAUUCUGAAUUUGGAAGUGUCUGGUAAGAGCCCCUGACAUACCUGGGCACGGUGGCGCACACCUUUAAUCCCAGAGGUGGGCAGAUCUGAGUCGAAGGACAUCAAGGCCAGCCUGGUCCACAUGGCAAGUUCCAGGCCAGCCAGGGGUACAGUGAGACCCUGUCUUUAAAAGCCUGCAAUGUGCCCAUGGUCUUUUGUGGGUCUCUAGCUGGUAGGAAUUUGAAAUGUAAAGAGAGAACCUUCUCUACCUCUACAAAACAACACUUAAAAUUGUUUCCCUUUAGAAUGAGUCAGGAUGUGGAUUUACUUACAGCCUUUUUCCCUUUGUGGUGUAUAUAAUUUAUUGCUAGCAUUCUUUAUUUCCUAUCAAAGCUACAAGAACUAAACACUGUACAAAUGAUUGCUACUGUUCAAAGACUUUACAACUCAAUUUAAAAGACUAGCAAGUCUAAAAAGACAGAGAAGACAGUCAAAUAUUUUCUGAUGCUAAGGGCUGUGUUUAAUUUUUGGUGCGGGUGUAGGUUGCUAGUUUAGGUAUCUGGCUUCAGCAUGUUGGCAAAUCCUCUUUUAUAGUUAGGUGUCUGCAGAUAAAGAGCCAGAAAGCAUGUAGAACAGCUGUGAUGCAGUGGAAAAUAUGUUGACAAGAAGAAUUUGCUUUAAUUUGCCAGCUCUGCUGCUAACAAGAUUUUGGGACUUCAAUCUCUGAACCCAUCUGUGACUAGAGCUUCCUGACGCAUGUACACUGGCAUUUUGAGACAUAGAUUUUUCUAGAUCAAGAGCCCCUCAAAUCUUUGAAGCCAGAUGAGGCCUGGGUGACCUGUGAGCCAGAUAUACCCUUUUUCAUCUUCUGUGUGCCUGCAGGGUCACUUCCCAAAUGUGCCAUAACUUGAGAAGGGGUAGAGUUGGCUUGUGGGGGCACUGCCUAACUCAUCUAAAUGUGAGUGGUCUAUGAGACCAUCUGCUCACGGUUGGUUGGUUUUAUCGAUUUUGUUUUGUUUUUUUAAGAGAUGUACUUAUUUUUACUUUAAAUAAAACUACUUCUGAUUUUAAAAAAAAUUUCAAGAAAACUAUUUAAUAUUCACUUCAGGUAGCAUUUUAAACAGACUCAACCCUUUGGAGUUGCUACAUGGUACUUUUUAUAAAGAGGCAUAAGAGGGACCAUAGUGGGCUAGUGAGCUGACUCAGUAGGCGAGAAGGCUCACUUCGCAGGCCUGAGGCCUACACGAAACCCUUAGCACCCACUGUGGAAGGAGAACACGUAGUCCUGAGAGCUGUGCUCUGCCUUCCACGUGUGUGUUGUGCCAUGUGUAAGUACACACACACACAAUGGAAGUAAAUGUAAAGAUUUUUAAAUGAUUAUAUCCUCUGCCCAGUGAGUUCUCAUUAUUUUUAAGCUAAAGAAUGCUGAAAAAAAUAUAAAUGCAUGAGAAUGUUUAUGUCUGCAUUAUAAAUAGUAGCAACAAUAUGGAGAAAAAUCUCUACGUUAAAGAAAGUGUGCUAAUGAAAUAAAGUCUACUGCCAUGAGAAUAACUGUUUGGAAGACUGUAGAAGUAUGAUGUGUCACUGCUAAUCUGUGGGAGCUAGUGCCCACAGUAGGCCUGUGACUGUAAGGCCUUCAUGCAUGUGGACGGUGAUGUGCUAAAUAAACUCAAGGUGUUUGUGGAAGGGGAUGUGGAAUGGUUUUAAAUUUAUUAGAUUUUUUCCUUUGUUUUUUUCAAUAAAAAUAAAUAAGUCACUGUA